UAAUACAAAAAUUAUAUUUUAUUGUAAUAAACAUCGAAAAUGUCGUUACCAACUAAACUCGAUACAACGGACUUCAAUGGCAAAACAAGAGCAGAACGGCGUGGCUCGCAGAAGAAGAAUAACAGGUCGAAACGCUCCACGGGUUCGCUGACCAAAAAGCCAAAAACUGGAGCCGGUCUGCCGGUGCCGAAGCAUAUAACACAACGGGUAUUCCUCUAUAUGCAGCUAAAGAACAUUUCAAACUUGCCGGUUGCAUCAUAUCCGCUGGAGCUGCACCUGCACCAUGCGAAGAACACGCUACAGAGGAUGUCGGAGCACUACACCACAGAGACGGUGAUCUAUCAGAAUGAGUUCGAAAUGGAGAAGCCAGCAUUUGCGCUGGGCAUCAUUCAGGACAAUAUCGAUGAAAUUAACACGUUCAGUGAUAAUCCACUGGUCGUCACACUAUAUCAGCGCAUCCCACGCCAUCGUAAGGGUCAACUCGUCAAAGUGGCCAAACUAAAAUCAGAGGCGUCAAGUUUUCAAAUGGGUGCAGAGAAAAAGGCUAAGGCAAUUCUGGAUGGCAAUACAUCCACUGGGCCAGACAUCUCAGCUGCCGAUGAUUAUAUGGGCGAGAAUGAGGAGGAUGAGGACUUUAUUGAUGAAAGUGUAGAGUUUCUAUCUCGAGGUCAUUGUGAUUUGCUGCAACUUUUCCAAACAAAACGCUUCAUGAGCAGCAUACCGAUUAUGUUGUAUCCGGAGUACGAUCACACGCUGGAGACGGCCACCAGCCAAAAGAGUUCGCCCACCAGCGAAUGGCACAUGUACUCCAUACUGCCCAUACUCAAGAAGUUGCACUUUACCAAUCUGGUCUUUAUCACGCUCGAGUCCAUUUACAAUGCCACCGGGGAGCUGCAUGAGCGCGCUGACCAUCUGGGCAUGAGUCUUUCCAUACGCGCCACAAGGCCGAAUCUAAAUUUAGACUAUCAAGUGCUGCCCCUGUGCACUUUCUACCGCUUUGGCUCCAAAGUCAUCAACGAACAGAAUCGCAUCAUUGUCUGGGAGAAUAUCAAGCGAGACUUGCUUGGCAGGGAGCCACUUGGCAUCGCCAACAUUCAAAUGGAAACCAAUUUGCGCAUCCAGGUGAAUCAGCUGUUCCGUCGCCUGCUGAAGACGCCGAUCGUCGAUUUCAAGUUGGAUGAAAUUGAUCCUUUGGUAGACAAGGCUCUGAUCAAUAACUCGCUGCAUCGAUACGUUCUUACCGCCGAAUUGCGUCACAUACUCGAGGCUGCAGUGGUGCACAAUGAUUAUGAGCUCCUUCUUCAACUCUACGAUGAAAUUCCAACUAAUGUUUUGUACGAGGGCAUUAUUAAUCCAAGCGUCUUUGGCUAUCCCGAUGUAAACGGGUGCCGCUUUGCCAGUGUGCUCUCAUCCGUGAACAGAAAGACAAGGAAGUCUUUCAGAUUGUCGGACUUAUCUCCUCCACCGGAUAAGCCGAUGUUUGCCAUUCUGAAUCUGUGUUUCUUUCAACCGCUGACACAGCGCAACGAGUCGCUGGAUGCCUACAACGAGAAUCAUUUAAAGGUCUCCACUUUGCGUCGCUGCAGGACGAUGGAUAUGCUGAACGAGCAAGUCAACUCCUGCGACAUUCCAAGGGAACUGUAUCGUAACUUUGAUGAGUUCAUUAAGGGGGUGAUUAGUUUCAUCAUUAAGAAUGAUGUAAGCACCAUUGAGAGUAAGCGAAAUUACUUCUGCUGCAAUUUGGGCAACCUCCGAAAUCUGCUGAUUAACAUCUGUGGCUGCGAUUUCAAUAUACGCAUGCCGACCAAGACCAAUAUUGAGUUUCGGGAGAUGCUCACACACAUGCACAAGGAGCUGAUGGAGCGUAUUGAGGGCCUGCUGAUGGACUGCAGUUGGGAUGGACUCAGCCAGUGUGUUCUUCACCACGACAAUGAUCAGGAGCGCAUCAGACUUCUCUUUGAAGAGUAUCGCAAAAUGUGUAUUAUUGGCGACUGUGUCCAGGCCAAGCAUCUGUUCGCCAAUAUCAAGGCUGACUGCACAAAUAAAAUGUUACUCAAUUUUUAUACUUUUCUCAAUGCCGUCGAGAGUCUAAAUUUUGAACAGGCCUCUAAUUACUUGCUAAAUCAGAGUGAGAGGAAUUGGCAGGCCGAAUACUUUGUGUCUCUUUUAAAACUUUAUAUUGACUACAUGAUGCAAUUGAAAACGGAGGAGUUGCCAGGCGUCGCAUAUAGCAAUAUGAUUGAACAGCUGCGUAAUUUCAGCAGCAACAACAAUUUAGAACGUGAAACUUGGAUUCUAUUGUAUUGUUUGUAUAAGAAUAAUAACUACUUGCCCGGAAUGGAGUUUACACGCUGGAGGUACGAGAAUCUGUACGAUGUACCGGGCAAAACAAUGCCACUGAUUCCCCGCUCAAUGUUCGAAACUUUUCUGCCGCAGGACUUCGACCUAAUCGACAAAAGCAUUGAAACCGUUAAGUUUUAUGCUACUUUCAAGAUGUUUGCACAGCUGGGCGCCCACAAAUUUGCAGAGAUAGUAUUCGAUGAAAUAUCUCCUAAAUUCUCUUUAGUUGAAUCGUAUUUGAUUAAGACCAUAUUAAAGAUGUUGCAGGGUGAAAUUGGUGAGAGUUUUAAAGUGCGCAAAUUUCCCACAGGCAACAGCGUUCGCGAAAAAAUGAUGCGAUACUAUCAAGCUCAUGUCAAUGGCAGCGUGGAAUACUCUCGUCGUCGCUACGAUGACGCCAUCAGGUACUUUAAAGAUCUGAUGAGCAUAGGUAUUACCGAUACAGUAGCCCUAGCCAUUUUCCACACAAGCCUUAUGCGACUGGGUCGCUUGAGUUUCGAAAGUGGCGAUUACGAGCUGUCUAAACGGGCCUUUGAAUUGUGUGUACCCUCUGCCAAAAGUGAGGUGAAUUUUUUGUCUAAUUAUGGCAUGGGCUUAGCACUGUACUAUCUGAACAGGCUUGAGGAGGCCAUUGAAUAUCUGGCUCGCAGCACAGAAGUUAAUACAUUUCUUCCCGAUCCCUGGGGAUACUUAGCCACAAUUAAUUUGCGAUUGGGUCGCAAUAAGACUGCUUUGAACUGUUGGAAAAUAGCCAAAAUGCAUCCAGAAAUACCUCUGAACAAUCGCAUCUAUAUUGAGCUUGAAAAGAUCAAAUAUUCCAAUGUCAGCUUAUUGGUGGAAGAUGAUUGCAAGCUAAAAUAAAAAUAUAUAAUAUUAUUAAGAGUUUUGUGUAAC